AUCCAACUGUGGAGACUUCUCAGAGAACCUCCGCCGCUCAGAAACGAUCCAAACAUCAAACCAAAACAACUCACCUCAACUCGGUCCGGAAAGCUGCUGCUCUUCCUUCCCCUUUCCGAUACGUUUUUUUUAUUAUUAUUAUUUUGUUUUGUUUCUCCCCUCGCUCGAGCUCCGAAGAAAAGUUCGCUCGUCUGUCCGAAAGAUUCCGAAGCGAGUUAUGCCUCUCGGCGCGUGAAGCGAAGCAGUGUCGCCGCUCGUGAACAGUUGCCGUAGGCGAAGACGGUCGGUGCACGCCGAGCGCAGCCGGACGGAAAGUUGCGGCGUCGCUUGUUGAAUGCAGGACACCUCCAGCCUGAGCGGCGAAGCCAAGUUCAACUUCGGAGCAGCAGCCGGUCAGGAGCGGGGAUUCCAGCGUCUCAAAUCUACCGCCGCCGCCGACAUGAAGUCUGCAGAGGAAGAUGCAUACAACUACACACCAAACGUCAGUCUUCCAAUUGGAAUGGGCAACCCAUGCCUGUCUACGCAGUACCACACCUUGCAGUCCAGUCCUGUCAUCCCGGUCUCCUCUUGCCACCAGACUGGCUACAAUGUCCAAAAUGACAAUCAUGCCGCGUCAAGUUACUACCUGCCUCAAGCCUUGAGACCCAACGGCGCUCCGGCUCUGGAAAGUCCUCGUAUAGAGAUCACCGCCUAUAGCCAAUAUCCGGAGGAUGAAGUAGAAGCCAGCGGCAGAGAAGAUCACAUCAUCAAACGAGGCGUCAACUCCAUUGUCACACUGACACUGCCCAACGUAGAUGGGUACCGCGAUCCAAGCUGUCUAAGCCCCGCGAGCAGCAUAUCCUCUCGCAGCUGUAACUCAGAGGCCUCGUCCUACGAAUCCGGCUUUUACAACUACGACAAUUCCCCGCAGAACUCUCCCUGGCAGUCACCCAGCGUUUCGCCCAGAGGGUCUUCCUCACUUCUGUCUUGUCCACAUGCCAUUGGUCCCGCAGCCUCUCCUCACCAUUCGCCCUCCAACUCCCCUCAAAUCGGUGCAAUGGCAGAGGAGGGAUGGCCAGCGCAGCCACGUGGGUCCCGGCCGAAUUCGCCCUCUUGCAGUGGAGUUGGCGUAGGCAACAGCGGUGGCAUGGGCAAGAGAAAAUACAGUUUCAGCGGCUCCUCUUACCAGCAGACAUCGCUCUCACCCAAUCAAUCACCAACCCCUUCUUCACAUGGUUCCCCAAGGGUCAGCGUCACAGACGAGAACUGGCUUACCAACACCAACCAGUACACCAACCUUGCCAUUGUAGCAGCUAUUAAUGCUCUCACCACAGAUGGAAUGGCUGACAUGGGGGAAGGAAUUCCAAUCAAGACACGGAAGACCAUGCUGGACCUCUCACCAUCCAUGAGUCUGAAGGUGGAACCCGGUGGUGAGGACCUGGGUCCAGAAGGGGAGCUUCGACAUGAGGAGUACCCUUCCCGCCUUAGCCUCAAGAAGGAGAAUUACUGUGGAGGGUUUCUGGAUGUACCCCAGCAUCCAUACUCCUGGUCUAAACCCAAGCCUUACCUCAGCCCCUCACUGCCGGCUCUUGACUGGCAGCUGCCGUCCUGCUCCGGCCCGUACAACCUGCAGAUCGAGGUGCAGCCAAAGUCCCACCACAGGGCCCAUUAUGAGACGGAGGGAAGCCGGGGAGCCGUGAAAGCGCUGUCUGGGGGACACCCUGUGGUUCAGCUGUACGGCUACAUGGAAAGCGAGCCGCUCACCCUGCAGCUUUUCAUCGGGACCGCAGACGACCGCCUCCUGCGACCGCACGCCUUCUACCAGGUCCACCGGAUCACCGGCAAAACCGUCUCCACUGCCAGCCACGAAGUCAUGCAAUCCAACACCAAGAUCCUGGAGAUCCCUCUGCUGCCAGAAAACAACAUGAGAGCCAUAAUUGACUGCGCAGGAAUCCUGAAGCUGCGCAAUUCCGACAUCGAACUGCGCAAAGGGGAGACGGACAUCGGUCGGAAAAACACCCGCGUGCGUUUGGUGUUCCGUGUGCACAUCAACCAGCCCAACGGCAGGACGGUGUCCCUACAAGUCGCCUCAAACCCCAUUGAAUGCUCUCAGCGCUCAGCUCAGGAGCUUCCCUUGGUGGAGAAGCAGAGUGUGGAGAGCUAUCCCGCCACCGGCGGCAAAAUGAUGCUCCUCGGCGGCCUCAACUUCCUCCCCGAGUCCAAGGUGGUGUUCGUGGAGAAGGCACAGGACGGCCAUCAUCUGUGGGAGACAGAAGCCAAGGUUGACAAGGACUCUGUCAAAACUAAUACUCUCGUUGUGGAGAUCCCACCCUACAGGAACCAGAGAAUAUCGAGUCCUGUGCAAGUCAACUUCUACGUCUGCAACGGCAAGAGGAAGAGGAGCCAGUACCAGCGCUUCACCUAUGUGCCUGCAAGCGUACCAAUAAUAAAAACCGAGCCCACUGAUGAGUAUGAUUCUCUUGGGAGUGUCGGGCUGUCUAUGCAUUCAAAGCCCUACUACGGCCAGCCCAGGCUGACGUCCAUCAUGCCUGUUGCUGAACCUGACCCCUGCCUGGUUGGUGGCUACCCUCCUUGCCCGCCCCGCCAUGCUGCCAUGCCACCGUCAUCACCCAGCUCAAGCCCCACCCUGCACGAUCUGUCCCCUGUUGCAUACAACAAAUGCCUCCCCAACAGCCCAACUCUUGCCGCACCAGGCACUGUAGCGUCCCCCAUUCAGGAGACCCCUUCCUGUCCAAGCCUUCCGCACCCGACGUCGCCAGAUCACAACUCUUCCCUAGCGGUGCUCCACUCCCAGGGUAGCCCAGGUUCCCUUGGUUACCACCAUUCGGUCUAUGCCAACAGCAGUUCCUCAUCAUCCCCAGUGUCUCACCCUUCCACUCCUGGUGGGCCAGCGGAGACACCGUUUUUUCAAGCGUACAGCCCCAGCCAGGCAGAGGCUUCAGGCAGCUCAGCCCAGGCUGCAGGAAGUCCGCCCAGCCUGCUAGAUGAAGACACCACUCCAGCAUCAAUGGACAUUACCAUCAAGCAAGAGCCCCAGGAACUGGAUCAGAUGUAUCUCGAUGAUGUGAACGAGAUCAUCAGGAACGACCUCUCCAGCAUUUCUGUGCACACUCACGCGUAGACGUCCACAUGUCUUCUGCUGUAGCACAUCUCCGCACACACACAGACACACACACACUGCAGGAGCAACAUCAGCCGAGGGAUGACACACACAUGGACACA